UAUAAAUCCUCUCCGGCUACAAUUCAUUGCCCACGGCUCUGCCCUGCUGCAGAGAACUCUAAUUUCAUCCCCGGCAACACAGCCACCUCCUUCUCCUGUGACCUGUCAGCCAUGAAGUUUCUGUUCCUGUUUCUUGCCAUCUUUCUGGCCAUGGAACCAGUGGUAUCAGGCAGCAGACGUCACAUCCUUCGAUGCAUGGGUAACGUGGGAAUCUGUAGACCCUCUUGCAAAAAGGCUGAACAUCCCUACUUCUAUUGCAGAAAUUAUCAAUCAUGCUGCCUCCAGUCCUACAUGAAGAUAAACAUUUCCGGCAGAGAGGAUGAAAAAUGACUAGAGGCAACAGAACUGCUGGCCAAAAAUAUCUUGAGUGCUGGUGAUUACCAUCCUCAACCUGUC